GCUUAAAUGGAUCUGUGGUCGUUGGCAACGCCUUCAAUUCGCCGCAGGCGAUCGUUCAAAACCGAUUCCAUUCUUGAUUUUCAAUUCACUCCGAAUGCUGCCCUUUCAUUCUGUUCAGUUUGCGCAGUUGACUGCUUUAGAGAAACGCUGCAAACGAAAUGGCGUCAGCGUGGAGGGAGCCACACACAAACAGGUCGUGGAUCUAAUCAAAUCCGGCGGUGACUGCCUAACUCUGACGGUGAUAUCGGUGACACAACAGGAGGCCGACCGACUGGAGCCGCAGGAGGAUCAGAGCGGCUACUCCUACAUUGAUUACUCGGACAAGCGCUCGCUGCCCAUUAGCAUACCCGACUAUGGGAUUGUGAACCGGAACGGCGAGCGGUACAUAGUCUUCAAUAUACAUAUGGCCGGCAGGCAGCUGUGCUCACGUCGCUAUCGGGAAUUCGCCAACCUGCACUCGCUGCUGCGCAAGGAGUUCUCCGGCUUCAACUUCCCCAAGCUGCCCGGCAAGUGGCCCUUCCAGCUGAGCGAACAGCAGUUGGACACGCGGCGCCGCGGACUGGAGCAGUAUCUGGAGAAGGUGUGCGCGGUGCGGGUGAUCGCGGAGAGCGAUGCCGUUCAGGACUUUCUCACCGACACCGAGGACGACAUAUCCGCCUCGCCGGUGGACAUCAAGGUGAUGCUGCCCGACCACGAGGUGAGCACCGUGUCGGUGAAGAAGUCCUCCAACGCCCAGGUGGUGUGGGAGAUCCUGGUGCAGCGCGCCAAUCUCACCGCCUACACGCAGCAGUAUUUCUACCUGUUCGAGAUCGUCGAGUAUAACUUUGAGCGGAAGCUGCAGCCGCACGAGAUCCCCCAUCAGCUGUACGUGCAGAACUACAGCACCGCCUCAUCCACCUGCCUCUGCGUCCGCCGCUGGCUCUUCUCCGUUGCCAAGGAGCUGACGCUGCCCGAUGGCGAACAGGCCGCCCGGUUUGUCUUCUACCAGGCCGUCGAUGAGGUGAAUCGCGGCAACAUCCGCGCCGACGGCCGACUCUACGAGCUGAAGGCGCUGCAGGACGCCAAGAAAGCGGGCGACUAUCUGGCACUGGCCCGCACACUGCCCGGCUACGGGGACGUCGUCUUCCCCCACUGCUCCUGUGAUAGUCGCAAGGAGGGACACGUGGUGCCCGCCGUGGGCAUGAAGAGCUUUCGGCUACACGCCUGCCGUGAGGAUGGCUCACUGGAGGCGCAAAUGGUCGAGCUGACCUGGGACAGCAUCACGCGCUCCGAGAGCGACGAGGAGUCCAUGUCGUUCUGCUUUCAAUACAAUCGUCCAGAUAAGCCAGCACGUUGGGUCAAAGUCUACACGCCAUAUCAUGCAUUCCUUGCGGACUGCUUUGACCGCAUCAUGGAGGAGCGCAAGUGGGACGACAGCGGCGACUAGGGAAGGCGGAAGGCGGUGCAGGAGGAGCAGAAGGAGCCAAUGCAGCAGCCAGUGGAGCAGAAGGAGCAGCAGCGGGGCCGUCGACGGCAGGAAGCACAGAUUAAGCAGCCCAGCACCAUACCAAACAUCACCAG